AUGGUUUUCUAUUUCACGUCGAAUGUCGUCGAACCGUCCGCCUUUAUUUAUGUCGGCAAGGACAAAUUCGAGAACGAGGAUCUCAUAAAAUAUGGAUUGGACAAUGAUGUCUGGGUCAGUCUUUCCCCCUCCGACUUGCGAUGUGCACACGUCUAUGUGCGCCUUCGAGAGGGCGAAACAUGGGACAACAUCGCCCAGCCGCUCCUAGAGGAUUGCGCCCAACUCACCAAGGCGAACUCCAUUGAAGGAAACAAGAAGGACAACAUCACCAUUAUCUACACACCAUGGUCAAACCUGAAGAAAGACGGGUCAAUGGCGGCCGGUCAAGUCACAUUCCAUAAUCACAAGCUGGUCCGCAAGGUCUAUGUGAAGCAGCGUGAAAACCCCAUUGUCAACCGGCUGAACAAGACCCGAGUCGAGAAAUACCCCGAUCUCCGAGCCGAGAAGGAAGAGGACGCGAAGAAGAAGCAGCGCGGUGACCGCAAGACCCGGGAUGAACAGCGUGCGAAGGAAAAAAAGAAGCAGCAAGAGUAUGAACAGCUCAAGUGGCAGAAAGAUCAUGCAUAUGAUGAUAUGUUCACGGAAGAUAAUCUGGAGGCCAGCAACAACCAGGACCGUGAUGAGGAUUUCCUCGACGAUUUCAUGUGA